UAACAAAAGGGAAGACACUAUUUAUCCUAUUCAGAAAUCGAUUACUGUCGAGGAUUUUAAAGGGAAAUGCAGAAGACAAGAAGUGAUCAUUUCAAGAUUAAGACUUGGACAUACUGGCCUAAAAUCAACCCUGUUUUUAAUGGGAUAUUACAUUUCAGAUCAGUGUGAUGCCUAGAAUGUUCCAGAAAAUGUGCAGCAUAUCAUAAUGAGGUGUAAUAUAUAAAAUUGGAGUUGGAACAAGAGUGGAGUUUGAAGGGGAUUUUGGGAACAGAUGAGAAAAUGUGGGAAUGUAGUAAGGCUCUCCUUCACUUUUAAAGACACAGGGUUAGAGCACAGGAUAUAAUUAAUUUUUGAAACCCUUGAAGCCUUGAAGCUGCGCACCCCGGUACACUAGGUGGCGGUAUGCACCUGAAUAAGUUGGUUGCGACCUGCCAUUAAAACAACAGCGAGAGAGAGAGCGAGAGAGAGAGAGAGAGAGUUAUAACAGCGAUAACCCACUUCUUGGAAAACUUAAAUACGGUUGUUUUUGUUUAGUAUUGCUGCACUGAGGCACGCUACAACAACACUUACGCUUAGACUCUGCCAUUGUUAUCACCGGAAGUAAAUUAACCGCGGGAUAGCGAGCGCCGGAAACAAGAAACCCGGAAGUGUGAAAACGUGAAAAAGGCGAAUCGACGCUGAUAAAUACUUUUCUUGAUGGCUUAUUUGGGGGGGAGGACACGUCCGGUAAUACGAUUGGCUUAACGUUUGUCACGUGAUGCGUUUUGAUUUGUUAGGGAUCUUUUUGCUAGUCCUACAAUCAUCAGCAAAACAAUUAUAAUUUAAACUUUACUGUAAUAAAUAUCAAGUCACAAUGAAAGAUCGUUUCAGUAUAUUCAUAGUUGGAUUCAUCGUGUAUUUAAGUGUGCUUCUUAUCUCUGCCCACACUGAAAAGUUUCCUGUAGCUCUCACCAUUAAAGAGGACCUGAAUGGUUUUAAUAAGGCAGAGAAUGCUCAUGAGCCUGAUCCUAAAGAUCUGGAUGUGUUUGAACCGAGCUCCAAGUGGCAGACUCUCAAACCAGGUCAAGCAGUUCCAGCAGGCUCUCAUGUCAGGUUGAAUCUUCAGACAGGGCAAAGAGAGGCCAAGCUUGGAGAUGAACAAUCCCUGCCAGGUAGAAAGAGCACGCGAGGAAUUCUUAACAUGCAGACCCCUCUAUACACAUCUCAGGAGCUAAAACAGGCUCUGAAGGAGUUUAAAAGAGUGGAUGACACUGCAAAAAAGGACUCUGAGCAGGGCAAAGAGUCUUCACAAGCUCGGUUUCGCUCAAUGGAUGAACUCAGAAGAGACUUGUCUAUGUCGAACGUACUGGUGGAAACGGACGUCCAGAUUAUGAGUAAACUGUUAUCCAAAUUCAACAGCACGAACUCUACCGUGGACCAAAGGGUCGCUGCUCUACUUGACUUGGAGUACCUUGUUCAUCAGGUGGAUAAUGCGCAUAAUCUGGUGUUAAUGGGUGGAAUGGAGCUUGUAAAUGAUGCCUUGAACAAUACAGAUUUUAGACUUCAGCAAAGUGCUGCGUUUGUACUAGGAUCAGCUGUGUCUAGUAACCCAUCUGUCCAAGUUGUGGCUUUAGAGUGUGGCACCUUACAGAAGCUAUUGACUAUGCUUGCAACCCCACGACCAAUGGCGGUUAAGAAAAAGGUAUUAUUUGCAUUGGCGUGUCUGUUACAUCACUUCCCUCCUGCUCAAAGUCAGUUUGUGAAGCUUGGCGGAUUGCAGGUGCUGGUCGAGCUAUUCCAGGUACAAGAAGCCGAGAGUCUACAAGUAAGGAUCAUCACGUUGCUCUACGACAUGAUUACAGACAAGGAGAUGAUCUCUCAAACUGAUAAAGAUCCUCACUCUACCCAUCAGGAACAUAUGCAACAAUAUGGUGACAUCUCACUGUUCCCCAUGCUUGUGGAGCAGGGCUGGUGCAGCAUGGUGCCAGAACUUCUGGCCUCUCCCAAGCAUGAUUGGAGGGAGAAGGCUUUGCAGACUCUCCUGGCCAUGAUGCCCCACUGUCGGACGCUGUAUCUGCAGAACCCUACUCUGAGCACAUCUCUUAGUGUUCUGCAGAAGCAAUACCAGGAGCUAGCCCUUGGAGAAAGGAACCUAGGAGAGGACGAUGGUUACUUUGGGGAGAUUUUGGCCCUGGUGGAAUCUUUAAUGGUUAAAAUUCAUUAAAGGGACUGUGUGUGUGUGUGUGUGUGUGUGUGUGUGUAUGUGUGUAUGUGUGUAUGUACACUGUGGGGGGAAAUAAGUAUUGGACACGUCUAGAUCCUCUCCAGUGUCAGCAUUGCAAGUGGCGGUAGGGGAAAUGCCUGAUUCACUGUCUGCUUUAACUAGCUUAUUAAAUGGACAGUCAACAUCAAGACAAGAUUUAAUAUAUGACAUCCUUAUGAGUCCAGAAUAUGGGGAUAAUCCUGACCUUCCCAUGGGAACCAGCACAUGUGGCAGUUCAAGGCAAUUAAACAAUGGAUAAUCUGUCCAAAGAGGCAAUGACACUUGGAUGUAGACAUUCAAAUUAAACUAAGCAAAGCAGAGGUAAAAGGUCAAAUCGAAGAACUCGUGAAAAUAAAUGGCAAGAAAUGUGGGACAGCAAAGCGAAGCUUCUGAGGACAAAGGUGUACUUACUUUUUCCACAGAAGAUCUAUUGUUAUUUCUGUUGAAUAAAUGAUUGAAAACGAAAAAA